AUGUAUUUGUUAGUGUAUGUAGAUGAUAUCCUUGUAACAGGGAAUGAUUCUAAGAUCAUAUCAAGUUUGGUUACUGACUUGAAUAGCAAAUUUGCUCUAAAAACUCUUGGGACAGUGCAGUACUUCCUGGGGUUUGAGGUAAAGAGAAAUGAUUCGGGUUUAUUGCUGCCCCAGACCAAAUAUGCACAUGAUCUUCUUUUAAAGGUAGGAAUGGCAGACUCAAAGCCUUGUUCCACCCCCAUGGCUACUGGUCUUCGACUUGGAAAGAGGGAUAGUAAGGUGUUUGAUCAACCUAUACUAUAUGUUAAGGGAACAUUGCAACAUGGUAUUCUCUUUACCAAGAAACAACCCUUUACUUUAGAAGCAUUUUUAGAUGCUGAUUGGGCUGGAGAUGAAACUGAUAGGAGAUCCACCAGUGGGUACAAUGUCUUUCUUGGAGGAGUUUGCAGUAGAAGAUAUGGUUUUGAAGUUUCUGCAGCAGGAAAUAUGGUCUGUGAUGCAGUGGGAUUGUGUAGUAGGAUUUUGCAGAAAUAUUUGUUUGUGAAGAAAUCAGAGUUUGCAGUAGGAGAUAUGGUUUGA